UGACGUGAGAGUGCUGUGACGUGCCAGUGAUUCUCGCUGACGUGAGCUUACAGUGUUUUCAAUUCACACCGGUCAGUAUUUUUCUCCGUGCUCUGACAGUGCAGUUGUGUUCACGUGAGGUCGAGAUGGCAAAACUUUCAGAGAAUGAACUUGCAGUUAUUGCAUUAAUUCUGGAUUUUUUUUUUUUUAUACUCCAACUACCACGAAGGCGUAAGGCCUAAGCACCCAUUGG